AAGAUAAAAUUUUCUGAUGAAAAAGAGAGGAUCACAGCUAAAUUUUAUGCUCUUAACAUGAUCUUUAGUAAAAAUGCAAGAAAAGGAAACUUAUGUUCAACUUUAUUCUUAUUCUAUCCAACGAAGAGAGUUUCUUAAAGCUUAAAACUCUAAUUGUCUAUAAAUUACAAGAACAAGUUAGUACUUCAACAACAAUACUUUCUGCUUCUUUGUUUGCUGGUAAUAAUUUGUUUCAUCGACAAUGGCAAGAAAUGUAGGGUUCUUCAUCUGCAUUUUGAUCCUAGCCAUGGAUGUUUCAGCUGGAAUUCUCGGCAUUGAAGCCGAAAUAGCUCAGAACAAGGUGAAGCAUUUGAAGAUGUGGAUUUUCGAGUGUAGAGACCCGAGUUACACAGCCUUCAAGUACGGUUUAGCUGCGUGCAUCCUUUUGGUGCUAGCCCAUGUAACAGCUAAUUUUCUCGGUGGGUGUCUCUGUGUUGCCUCUAGACAAGACCUUGAAAAAUCCUCUGCCAAUAAACAGCUCGCUGUGGCUUCUCUGAUAUUCUCCUGGAUCAUAUUGGCGAUUGCAUUCUCGAUGUUGAUCGUAGGGACGAUGGCAAACUCAAGAUCAAGAAAAAACUGCGGGAUAUCGCACCAUCGGGUUCUGUCCAUAGGAGGGAUCCUCUGUUUCAUUCACGGACUCUUUGCUGUUGCUUAUUACAUCUCUGCAACUGCUUCAACACGAGAACAGACAAGCGCAGGCCACGCUUGAAAAAUUUUCUACCCCGUUUUUCCUUUCUAUAAAUUUAACGCAAUGUUUAAGUUUGACUUAAAGAUAUAUACCUGGUUUUCUACA